AUGGAGAGACAAGAGUUUUCCGGUUCUUCUGGGCUGUCCGAUGGGCAUGACACGGCAGAAAUAUCCGCUCGCUCCGAAGCCCUCCAGAAGCCCUUUGUAGUCAGGAUAUUUGACGUGCACAAGCAGCCUGAGGAGUCUGAGGAGCCGGAGUUACCCGAGGAGGCCGACGAGCAAGACCAGUCAGGCGAAUCCGAGGCGUGUGCAGAGUCCCACCAGAUCCCCGAGCCCCACGAGCCCUAUGAGCUCUACCAACCCUGUGAGCCCCACAGGCCCCCCAAACCCCAUACACCCUACAAGCCUCAUCCACCCCGUGAGGCCUGCGAGCCGCAUAAGCCCCAGGGGCCCCGUGCUCCCCGCGAGCCCCACAAGCCCCACGAAGUCGAGUUGCUUCCCAGAGCUAGCGUGAUGGUCUCCCCGUCUCUGCUGACCAGAUUCCCGCCACGGCUUCCGCCAUCUUCCCUGAGAGAUCCUGGUCCCUGUGACUUUGUAAGGAAAUGUUCUUUUUCUAGGAAGAGAAUUCAAGAUCUUUCUAGGCCUAAGAAACAAUGGGGAGCCCCAGAUAGAAAACUGUUUUGGGGAAAUCAAGAUCCUAUUCGCCCUGUUUCCCGGAAUGCUUUGAAGGCUCAACUGACCAAAAGACUUGAGAACCUUGCCCAGCCUAAGGAAGUCUCCCACCGAUAUGUACCUAACAGGGUUCAGUAUUAUUACAGCUGCGGUAGAGAGUCUGUAAUCUGGGAGAUCCCUUCUCCUGCACUGUUUUGCCAACCUUCCAAAAGGAUCCAGAAGCUGGCACAGCCCAACAGAUUCAAGAAAGGGAAUCUAAUAAAUAGGACCUUCAGUGAUUACUUAAGAGAUUCUCUUCAAAUCUCUGAUCCUUCUCCCCGGAUAUUACAACUCUCAAUAGCCAAAGCCACAAAUCCAAACUAUGUUCCUCCAAAAAGCACUGAAACCAAAAUUGCGACGUCUGCCCUGACUGCUGUUGCAACUCCAAGAACUGUAGACCUUGCCCAUCCAAGGAUUAAGAUAGAGGGUCUGUGCUUUGAAAGAGAAAGAAGUGAAAUGCCCAUCCGUCCUAUAUCCUGUGCUGCCUUGCUCGCCAAACCUAGCCCUCGAAUACUAGCUCUAGCUAAGGCCAGGCCUCUUCAUCAAGAUUAUUUACCUCCCCGUGAUGCCUACUGGCCAGUAUCUUGUGCUGCUAUCCAUUCCAAGAUAUCUCCCAGAAUUCAAGAACUAGCUAAUCCAAAUACAAGGACUCCUGUGCAUAUUGUAUAUUAUGAUCCGGAAGUCUUUAAAGUCAAGCCAGCUGCUUUGAAAGCACAGUGUUCUCCGAGGAUCCAUGAGUUGGCACAACCUCUUACGCGUUAA